AUGAUGGGGAUCUCCAUUGCUCCGAGCAUUCCCAUAUCUAUUCCCCCCCCCCCCCUCCCCACCCCAUCCCAUCCCAGCCAAGUACAAUAUCAUCAUUCGCCUUUGGACACAUGCAUUCCACAAACUCCUCAAGGCAUGCCUCGUGAUUUCUUUGGGAUAUAUGCUGAGGAUGAACUUGAGUGGCCAGCAGAAUUUGGUGAUGGAGGGGAUGUGGACAACACGCCUGCAGAUGAUGAGGACUCAGAAGACGACGGUGAUGCUCCCGACGAAUGGGAGCCUGUGUUAUUUGCAUCACCUCACAAUACACACAAGGAAGAUAAUGAAGAUGAACAUUAUGGCACCCAGGACCCACAUAUCUUGGAUGUGCAAGAGCCGGAUGCUCACCACAGGGUAGAGCAGUGCCUUCAUGACCAUGAGCAGGUACCUAUAGUUGUCCAUUACCCUGAUCAACGAGCCGGACAGCCCAUUGAUCCAACCAAGCAGUUGAGAAAUGUGACUUAUCAUGCACAGCUCGACGGCUCAGGCACAGAUAAUGCCUAUACUUCAUUUGCUUCGAAGCUUGAUUGGGAGAUGGCACGAUGGGCAAAAUUGCGAGGUCCCAGCUCAACUGCGUUCUCAGAGCUCAUCUCUAUUGAAGGUCUCAGUGAAAUGAUGGAUCUCUCCUUCAAGAAUGCCCGUGAAUUGAACAAGAUCAUUGAUCAAGAACUUCCAGGCCGUCUGAAAUUUAAACGAGAGCAGAUAAUCAUUGCCAAUGAAGUGUUCGAUGUGUACUAUUGCGAUAUCAUCGAGUGUAUCAAUGCUCUCUUCAACGACCCAAAUUUUGCAGACUUUCUUGUAUUCGCACCUGAACGACACUAUGCCGAUGAAGAUGAGACAGUUCAUUUGUAUCACGAGAUGCAUACAGGUAAAUGGUGGUGGAAUAGUCAGAAACACCUCGACCAUGAGUGCCCUGGCAUGACAAUAAUUCCCAUCAUCAUUUCAUCGGACAAGACUCAAGUUACAUUGUUUCAUAACAAGACUGCAUAUCCUGUGUACAUGACAAUCGGAAACAUUCCCAAGGAGAUCCCUCAUGUCCUUCUCGCAUACCUACCAACCACCCGCCUUGAACACGUCACCAAUAAAGCUUCUCGCCGCCGCAUGCUCACUAACCUAUAUCAUGCUUCUGCAGGCAUUGAUGGAAUCAAUAUGCGAAGUGGUGACGGGGCUAUGCGUAGAUGCCAUCCCCUGUUUGCAUGCUUUGCAGGGGACUAUCCAGAGCAGUUUUUAGUAACUGGAGUCAAGACCACUCAAUGUCCAAGCUGUGAUGUUCCCUCAGAUGAGCUUGGUCUCGCAGCAGGUGCUGCAGACUAUCAACUGCGAAACCUGGAUGCAGUACUCGAUGCCCUCAGCGCUCUCGACGAAGGUGGGUUAGCCUUUGUUCGUGCAUGUACAGAGGCUGGCAUCAAGCCCAUCGUUCACCCAUACUGGGAGGGAUUACCAUUCGUCAACAUAUUUGAAUCUAUCACCCCCGACAUUCUACAUCAAUUGUACCAAGGACUCGUCAAACAUCUCCUCGCUUGGCUUUCAGAUGCAUGUGGUAGUGCAGAGAUUGAUGCUAGAUGUCGUCGCCUUCCCCCGAAUCACCACAUCCGACAUUUUAUGAAGGGCAUCACGACACUUUCGCGCUUGAGUGGCACAGAGCAUAACCAAAUCUGCCGUUUCUUACUCAGGAUUAUCAUUGACAUCAGACUACCCAACAUGUCUUCUCCCCAGCUCCUCUGUGCUGUUCGUGGCCUGUUAGAUUUUUUAUAUCUUGCCCAAUAUCCAUGUCAUAGUUCAGAGACACUGACUAUUCUGGACGAGGCACUCAAUCUCUUCCAUGACAACAAGGACAUUUUCAUCGACUUCGGCAUUCAGAACUCAUUCAACCUGCCAAAACUCCAUUUUGCGCUUCACUAUGCUCACAUGAUUCAAAUGUACGGUACAACAGAUAAUUACAACACCGAGUACACUGAACACCUUCACAUCAACCUUGCUAAAGAUGCGUCUCGCUCCACAAACCACAAGAAUGAAUUCGCACAAAUGACGACCUGGCUUGAGCGCAGAGAAAAAAAUUUCUGCCAUGAGAAAUACAUACAGUGGAGACUCGCAGGCACCGCACAUCACCCACAUCAUCACCCUCGACCUCCGGAGAUGUCAUUUUGUUGCACUCAGACAAUGGCAAAGCAUCUGAGCGUCAAGGCAGUCACAUUAGAAAAGCUCGCAAACAAAUAUGGUGCUACAUACUUUUGCAAAUCUCUCGCAUGCUUCGUUGUGAAAGCAACACUUCCACUGAACACUACCAUUCCAUCUAGGCAGCUCGAAGAUCGAGCUGCUGAUGUGUACCUACCAUUUCAAAUACUGCCAGUAUUUCAUAAGGUGAAGUGGAUCUCAGUUGGUGUCCGUGGCCAUGGCAAUACUCCGGUCACACUUGAUAGUGUGCAUGCACAUCCUGGACGUUCAAGGUCAUUUGCCUCAGACAGUGUUGCAUCUCGAUUUGAUACUGCAUUCAUCAAUGACGGUACAGGUGGGCCACUCGGCAUCAAAGGACAGGUCCGCACUGUGUUCUCGAUCCCUCCCAAAGCUCUUGCUAUACUCUUUCCCCCAACAUUCCGGCCUCCAAAACACCUUGCCUAUGUCGAAUGGUUCACUGCUUUCCAUGCACCCGACCGCAAUCAGGGCUUGUGCAAAGUCUCGCGUGUCAUCAAAGAUGGGGAACAAAUAGUGAGCAUUAUUCUGGUCAGUAACAUUCAUUGUAGUGCACAUUUAAUUCCGCAGUUUGGCCCUACUGCUCCUCGUGAAUGGAGUUCUGCCAAUGUCCUUGACAAGUGUCAAACAUUUUUGUAA